GCUGUAGCAUAGCAGCAAAUUUCAGCGCGCGAAAGCAAGUCGCAGUACCAGCAGCAGGAAGAGGCGAAAGAAAACCAAAGGGAAGGACGAGUUUGGUUUGAAUCUUUCGAAUAACUUCCAUCAUCUAUAAACAUCUACAUUAAUAUGGCAGAUCCGAAGGAGCCACAAGAAGACCACGAUGCAUCCACAGAUAAUGCAGAAGAUACCAACCACGACCCUCACUUUGAGCCCAUUGUGUCCCUCCCAGAGCAGGAUGUGAAGACACUAGAGGAAGACGAGGAAGAGCUCUUUAAAAUGCGAGCCAAGCUGUACCGUUUUGCGUCUGAGAACGAACCCCCAGAGUGGAAGGAGCGCGGCACUGGCGACGUCAAGCUGCUGCGACACAAAGAGAAGGGCACCAUCCGCCUCCUGAUGAGGAGAGACCGAACCUUGAAAAUCUGUGCCAACCACCACAUUUCCCCUGUGAUGGAUCUGAAGCCCAACGCGGGCAGUGACCGGGCCUGGGUAUGGAACACACUAGCAGACUUUGCAGAUGAACAUCCCAAACCAGAGCUUCUGGCCAUACGUUUCCUCAACGCAGAAAAUGCUCAGAAAUUCAAGGUGAAGUUCGAUGAAUGCAAGGAGGAGGUCCGGAAAUCUCAAGAGGGAUCGGGGGACACUGACAGUGCAAACAAAGUGGCGGAGAAGCUGGAGGAGCUCACUGUGAAGGACGAGGGCAAGACCAAGACGUCGGAUGACAAGACCGGGGAAGAGAAGAAAGAGGAGAAGGUGGAAGAGAAGAAAGAGAAGGCGGAAGAGAAGAAAUGAAACCAAGAACUUGCUUUACCAGAUCUUCGACUUGUCAUUUUCCUCUUUUUCUACGAUAGACUCUAAAGAAACUGAAUUUGGACACUUGCAUAUUGAUUUGUUUUGUUUUUCUUUUUAUGAUUUGUUUGCCUGGAGAUCACAAGACAUAGGUGCCACUCAAAAAAACGACAACAAGAAAUGCUGCAUUAAAAUGUGCCCCUCCCCACUCACACCCUCCCUUAUCUAUCAUGGAAAUUAAA